UUCCCGUAGCUCAGCAAACAGCCUCCUUCCGGAAAGGAAUGUGGUUCUUCCUGGCAAGCACGAGUGCCGACUGCCAGUCUCAUUUCUCUCGUCGCCCGCAGCCUCGCCAGGACUCUGAGCGCAGCCCGCCCCGGGUUUUGAAGAGACAAGAGCCGGACCACGAACCAUGAGCUUCACCAAGCCGGAGGAGCAGCUGGCCUACGAGCUGAGCUGCGCCAUCUGCCUGCAGAUCUACGCCGACCCCGUGGUGCUGCCCUGCGGCCACAACUACUGCCAGGCCUGCAUCUCCCGCUCCACCGGCGCGGCGGCGCUGCGUUGCCCCGAGUGCCGCUCCGAGUUCGCCGACGUCCAGUCCCUGCAGAGGAACUUCAAGCUGUCCGGCAUCGUGGCGGGUUACCUGGCGGCCUCGUCCGGGCUCAGCCCUCAGUCCAGCCAGAAGGAGACGGAGGAGAAGCCCGAGCCGGAGUCCGAGGACGGGAAGGGGAAGGAGGCUGAGGACAAGUGCUGUGACCUUCACGGACGUCCACUGGAGUACUUCUGCUCCAAGGACAUGACCCUGCUGUGCUCCAAGUGCUUCAUGGAGGGUCGGCACCACGGACACGACGUUCUCACCUGCGGGGUCGCCGAGGAGGAGAUGAGGCUGGCACUGGAGGCCCGGACCAAGGUGUUAUCCAGCAGGCUGCAGAUGACCCAGUUCCUGGUCCAGAAGGCCAAAGAAGAGCAGGGCCAGUCAGAGGCCAUCGGGGACAAGCUGGUCAACAGGGCCGUCACGCUGGUGGACACCAUGGCCGGCCUUGUGGACGGGUACAGGGAGAGAUUGCACACGCUCUUGGAGGAGGAGCGAGGCCAGCGUAGGAAGAAAUGGCAGCUAGGACUGAGCGCACUGGAGGACAAAGAGCAGCAGCUGGUAGACGUCCGGCAAAGUGCAAUCGAGGCUCUGGGAGAGACCGACACCUGUGCGUUCAUACACAGGUUCAUGUCGGUAGAUCAGAAGAUGCAAGAGGCGGUGACAGUCGCCGUCCCCUGCAAGAUCCCCAGCAAAGCUCCCCUCAACACCAAGCAGCUGCAGGCCGACCUGAGGACCGAGGACUUCCGAGCGGAAAUGAGCCGCCUGUGCGAGUCCCUGUGCAUCCUCCUCAAUCCCCUGGAGCUCACCUUCAACUCCUGCACCGCCCACCCCAGCCUGCAGCUGAGCGCCGACCAGCGCACGGUCAAGUACAGCCCCGCCAAGCAGCCCUACGCCGACCACCCGGAGCGCUUCGCCAGCGCCCCGCAGGUCAUGUGCAGCCAGGGCUUCUCCGGCGGCGAGCACGUGUGGGUGGUGGAGGUGGGGCCCGACAGCAUGUGGUCGCUGGGGGUGUGCUACAAGAGCAUCCCACGCCGCGGCGACCACAGCCGCCUGGGACACAACUCCGUGUCCUGGCGGCUCCAGUGGAAAGGCGGGAAACUGACGGUGUGCAAGUCCUCGUCCAACGUGGUCCUGCGGGAGAUGCUCAAGCAGCCGGAGAAGAUCGAGGUGGCCCUGGACUUUGAGGGCGGCACCCUGAUGUUCCACAGCAUCAAAAACCACAGGGAGCACCUGUACACCUUCAAGGCCACCUUCAAAGAGGCCGUUUAUCCCGCCUUUAGCAUCCACUCCAGCACUCCCGAAUCCUGGAUUACUCUCCAUUGUGGCUUGUAAUAACACUGCCUGACAAAAAAGACGUCGUAUAUUCCAAACCAGGGGUAGGGAACCUAUGGUUCUAGAGCCAGAUGUGGCUCUUUUGAUGACUGCAUCUGGCUCUCGGAUAAAUCUGAGCUGACGUUGCUUAACACGAUAAUUAUGGAUAAUUUCGCUGGUAAUCACAGUGCUAAAAAUAACGUACAAAAUAGAUGCAUUUAAAUCCAUCCAUCCGUUUUCUACCGCACCUGUUCAAGAAGUCGCAUUAAUGGUAAGAAGUAUUUUAUGUCACGAUGGGGGGGGGGGGUUCGUUCUCCCAGGAAGGCAGACAGACUACUCGGGACAUGGCAUUUAGGUAAAAACAUGAUUUCAUUUUAACUAAAAAAAGAUACAAACACAACUUGGGCUAAGGAACAAAGCUAACGCAUAAACAGACUAAGAACAUAAAUCCAACAAAACUUACUUGGCAUGGGAUGAAGCACCAAACUAUGGCAAGGCAUGAAACAAGUCAACACAGGGCGACUGACUGGCAAAGACGAGCUUAAAUGCUGCCUCUGAUUAGUGCUCGGGAAGCAGGUGAGCGGGCAUAAUCACAGUGGUAAAAAUAACGUACAAAAUACAAAACAUUCUCAUGCAUUUAAAUCCAUCCAUAUGUUUUUCUACCGCACCUGUUCAAGAAGUCGCAUUAAUGGUAAGAAGUAUUUAUGUCACGAUGGGGGGGGGGUUGCAGCUUGCUGUGGGGUCGUUCUCCCAGGAAGGCAGAUGGACUACUCGGGACAUGGCAUUUAGGUAAAAACAUGAUUUCAUUUGAACUAAAAAAACAUACAAAGAAAAAUCGCUCACAGCGGAGGCACAACUUGGGCUAAGGAACAAAGCUAACGCAUAAACAGACUAAGAACAUAAAUCAAACAAAACUUACUUGGCACGGCAUGAAGCACGAAACUAUGGCAAGGCAUGAAACAAGUCAACACAGGGCGACUGACUGGCAAAGACGAGCUUAAAUACUGCCUCUGAUUAGUGCUCGGGAAGCAGGUGAGCGGGCAUAAUCACAGUGCUAAAAAUAACGUACAAAAUACAAAACAUUCUCAUGCAUUUAAAUCCGUCCAUCCGUUUUCUACCGCACCUGUUCAAGAAGUCGUAUUAAUGGUAAGAAGUAUUUUAUGUCACGAUGGGGGGGGGGGUCGUUCUACCAGGAAGGCAGACGGACUACUCGGGACAUGGCAUUUAGGUAAAAACAUGAUUUCAUUUUAACUAAAAAAACAUACAAAGAAAAAUCGCUCACAGCGGAGGCACAACUUGGGCUAAGGAACAAAGCUAACGCAUAAACAGACUAAGAACAUAAAUCAAACAAAACUUAUUUGGCAUGGCAUGAAGCACCAAACUAUGGCAAGGCAUGAAACAAGUCAACACAGGGUGACUGACUGGCAAAGACGAGCUUAAAUGCUGCCUCUGAUUAGUGCUCGGGAAGUAGGUGAGCAGGUGGACAAAAUGAGUAACCAAGGAAACCAGACAAUGGAGUGGAAAAAAACAGGAACUUAAAGAGUCCAAAGGACAAACAGCACAUGGCCAAACAAAAACAUGAUCAACAGACAUGACAUUUUAUUUAUUAUUGGUUAGCUUCAGAACAACAAUGUUAUUAAAAAGAAUAAGAGACUUAUUAUACUCUAAAAAUGUUGGUCUUACUUAAAAAUGGACGCAUUUAGUUGUAUUCAGUGUUAAAAAAUACGAUAUGGCUCUCAUGGAAAUACAUUUUGAAAUAUUUGGCUUUCAUGGCUCUCCCAGCCAAAAAGGUUUCCGACCCCUGUUCCAAACCAUGCAGCCGCAGAGAAUAUAUUAACAUAUUUUUAAAGCUUAUCAACAUCACUUUAACGGAGCAUUCCAAUCACACAAUCACUUGUUUACAAGGAUUGACUAUGUUGAUUAUCGUAGACAAGUGUAUGCCAUAGCUAAAACGGCUAAAACGACGUCUCCCUGCAGGCGUUUAAUGAAAAUUAUUUGAGGAAAAUCCAUAAAUAAGCCGCACAGUUUAAUAAGCCGCAUGGUGCAAAGCGGAGGGAAAAAAGCAACGGCCUAUAGAUUGGAAUUUACGGUAAAUAUAUAAUAAAUAUAUAGCUGCGUGGUAGAGUGGCCGUGCCAGCAACUUGAGGGUUGCAGGUUCGAUUCCCGCUUCCGCCAUCCUAGUCACUGCCGUUGUGUCCUUGGGCAAGACACUUUACCCACCUGCUCCCAGUGCCACCCACACUGGUUUAAAUGUAACUUAAAUAUUGGGUUUGACUAUGUAAAGCACUUUCAGUCACUAGAAAAAAAGCGCUAUAUAAAUAUAAUUCACCCUGCCUUGUUUUUAAUGAACACUUAGGCCUACUGCAUUUUAAUGUCGGUCAUGAUGGUGGUACUUGGAGAGCCAAGUGCUUUCUGAGGUGCUUCUUGGUGGGAAAACCACUGAACUGAAGGGAUAGAAGCUCUAUUUUUUUUUUGUGUUGUGUUUUUUCCUUUUAAUGUGUUGUUACUUUAGCUUUCCAUAAACAAAUGCAAUCCUUUCUUUUUGCUUUGUAACUAGGAUGUUUGCCCGCCAGGUGGCGCUGAUUCAACCCAUUCAAAGCAUGCAGUGAAGUGUUCAAUCUUGCGAGAGAAUGAUAGCGUGUGUCUCCAUAGAUGUACAGCAGGAAGGAGAGUCACACGGCUCCAUUUGUCACAAUUUACCUGACACGUGAAACGUGACGAAUCAGGGGGCUGCACUAUCGACUUUAGCCGGCAAAUGGCACUGUUUUUAAUGAUCUUAAAAUGCGUUUUUUGGCAAGUCCAGCUUUGACCACAACCCCAGUUGCUGUGUAGAGAGGCGCUUUCCAUCAUUUUCAGCAGACUGCUUUGCAAAAAUGAUUAACCCCCUACUUUCCUCUCAUGGUCGAUGCACCUAGGAAUGGGGCCAUGUGAAUCCCUUUCUUACUGACUUUUUUUUUAACUCUUAAAACACAGGAGUAGUAUAAACAAACUGAUUAAUUUGUGUUUUACAUGUAAACAUGAUUUGUGAACUUUUUCUACACAACAAAUAAAAUAUAAUGAGAAUA